UUCGUAGUUAUGAAAAGUAUCUCGUGUUGCUUGCCGGCGAAGAUGCGAUAGAAUUCCACGCGUAAACGAUCGUUCAAGCGAAUGUUACGAUUAAAGAAGUGAUUUACGAUGAACCUAACCACGGGGAAUCCUCACGGGAACGGAUUGCUGUAUGCUGGUUUCAAUCAGGACCAAGGAUGUUUCGCUUGUGGUAUGGAAAAUGGCUACAGAGUAUAUAGUUGUGACCCUUUAAAAGAAAAGGCACGUCAUUUUAGUGAUGGAGGCCUUGGUUAUGUGGAAAUGUUAUUUAGAUGUAACUAUUUAGCAUUAGUUGGUAGUGGAGCAAAACCUAUGUACCCAACAAAUAAAGUUAUGAUAUGGGAUGACAUUGAAAAAUCUCCAACAAUCACUUUAGAGUUCAAUGCUCCCGUAAAGGGUGUUAAAUUGAGAAGAGAUAGAAUAGUAGUAAUUUUAGAAGGAGUUAUAAAAGUUUACACAUUUACACCAAAUCCUCAACAGAUUCAUGUCUUUGAGACUAAUCCAAAUCCCAGAGGCCUGUGUGUAUUAUGUCCAAAUAGUAGUAAUUCUUUACUUGCUUUUCCUGGUAGAAAAAAUGGACAAGUACAAGUAAUAGAUUUGGCUAACACAGAAAAGCAACCUUUAAAUAUUGAGGCACAUGAAACACCUUUAUCAUGUAUAGCUUUAAACUUACAAGGUACUAGAUUGGCUACUGCUUCGGAGAAAGGAACCUUGAUAAGAGUAUUUGAAAUACAGACUGGCAACAUGAUUAAUGAGUUAAGAAGAGGAGUUAAUCAUGCAAACAUUUAUUGCAUUAAUUUCAAUCAUGACUCAACUUGGUUAUGUGUGGCAAGUGAUCAUGGAACUGUGCACGUUUUCGCUGUAGAAGAUCAAAAAUUAAAUCGCCAAUCUAGCUUAGCAUCUGCUACUUUUCUGCCAAAAUAUUUUAGUUCAAGCUGGAGCUUUUGUAAAUUUCAAGUUCCAAGUGGUCCCCAAUGUAUGUGUGCAUUUGGAACUGACAACAAUAGUAUUAUAGUAAUAUGUGCAGAUGGUAGUUAUUAUAAAUUCGUGUUUAAUAAUAAAGGUGAAUGCACGAAAGACUUUUAUGCACAGUUCCUCGAAUUAACGGAUGAUAAAAUGUGA